AAAUGUCGGAGUUUUAUUGACCUUGCCCCGGCUUCUGAAAAAGGUGUCCUGUGGCUAUCAGUAGUAUCUGAGGUGUUAUACAUCAUGCUGUUAGUCGUCGGAUUCAGCCUUAUGUGCCUCGAGCUCUUUCAUUCAAGCAGUGUGAUCGAUGGGCUCAAGUUAAAUGCCUUUGCUGCUGUCUUCACUGUGCUUUCAGGUCUCUUGGGGAUGGUGGCACACAUGAUGUAUACUCAAGUUUUCCAAGUGACAGUCAGCCUUGGGCCAGAGGACUGGCGACCGCAUUCGUGGGACUAUGGAUGGUCCUUCUGUCUGGCAUGGGGCUCUUUCACCUGCUGCAUGGCGGCCUCCGUUACUACCUUGAACUCUUAUACUAAGACUGUCAUUGAGUUCAGACACAAGCGCAAAAUCUUUGAGCAGGGCUUUCGAGAAGAGCAGAACUUCCUAGACCAGGAAGCCAUCAAGUACUUCAGAGAAAGGACUGAGGAGGAGAGGGCUGAGGCUGGGGACCUGAGGUUACAGUGCCUCCAUAGCUGCUCCCCAAAUAGGCUUCACAACACCCAGCUCUAA